AUGCAUUUGGUUUCUUUAUGUGAUAAACAACAAUGAAUCUGCUUAUUAUUAUAAAGUGGCCAAUUGGAAACAAUUUUUGCUUAAUAGUUCUUUUUUUUUGCUCAUGAUAGGAUCCCGAUUACUUUUUCUUUUUCGCAUACAUGUUCACACAAAAGUGGUUGCUUUUUGAAGUAUACAUUGAAGUAGCCGGAGUGUUCGCCAUAAUCAAAAGCUCAAUUCAACACUCACUCGCUGUGCGAUGUUCCAGAAGCGUUUUAUCAGAAGUAAGGUAUAUUUUUUUCUCUUGUACAUCAAAGUCUCUUUAAAGAGGUAUACCGAGGUGUAACAGUAUCAAAGACAAAGUGUCGCUCAAAUUUUAAUUAGAGUACUAUCCCUCUUGGACAUGCAAACCUGAGUUUUGAUUUUCAGUGGCUUAUGCAAGAUAUAAAAAAGAAAAAAAAAACUAUAAAAUACACUUCAUCGAUUUCUUACAUUAAUGCUUAAAAUGAUUAAGACUAUUGGUACUCAUAGCGGUCAUUUCCAUUGUGACGAAGCUUUGGCUGUCUCUUUGUUAAAGAGAACCAAGGAAUUCAGCAACGCCAAUUUAAUCCGUACUCGUGAUGCUUCCAAAUUGGCUGAAUGUGACAUCGUUGUUGACGUUGGAGGUGUCUAUGAUCCUGCUACUCAUAGAUAUGAUCAUCAUCAACGUGGUUUCACUGAAACUUUUGAUGCUGAGCACAAGACCAAGUUGAGUUCUGCUGGUUUAGUUUAUAAACAUUUCGGUAAAGAAGUUGUCAUGAACGUGCUUGGCAAAACUGAAGUUGAUAAUGAUGUUGAAAUGCUUUAUCAAAAGACAUACGAUGGUUUUGUUGAAUCUUUGGAUGCUAAUGACAAUGGUAUCAGUGCUUAUCCCAACAACAUCAAUCCUCUUUUCAAAGAAUCUCCUACUAGUCUUCACAACCGUGUUGCUCACAAGAACCCUAGCUGGAACGAACCUUUGACUGACGCUGAAAUUGAUGCUCGUUUCCUCGAAGCUUCUGAAAUGGCAGGUUCUGAACUUGUAGACUAUGUCAAGCGUCUUCAAAAUUCUUGGUUACCUGCUCGUUCUCUCGUUGUUGAAGCCUUAGACAAAGCUACUGAUGUCAACCCCUCUGGCCGUGUUAUUGCUCUUGAACGUUCUUGUCCCUGGAAGGAACACUUACUUGACCUUGAAAAGGAACGCGGUCUUGUAGAUGAUAAGUCUAUUUUGUACGUUCUUUAUCCUGAAUCUUCUACUGAAGGUAACUGGCGUAUCCAAUGUGUUCCUUUGCGCCCUGAAGGUUUUGAAAAUAGAAAGAGUUUGCCUGAAGCAUGGAGAGGUUUCCGCGAUGAUGAAUUGAGCCGUAUUUCUGGCGUUGAAGGAUGUAUUUUCGUUCAUGCUGGUGGUUUUAUUGGUGGCAAUAAGUCUCGUCAUGGUGUUUAUGAAAUGGCCAGACUUGCUUUGGAAUUGUAA